AUGUAUAUUAUACCGUUAGUCACCUCAAUUAUAUCAAUACUACUAUUCACAUUCACCUUUGCAUCACCACGACUAGCAAAUAAAUCAGUAAAUAGGCAGAAUGAAUUAGUAAAUCGACAGUAUAAUCAAGAGAAUACGCCUCCUCCUUUUGCAACAACUUCAACAAUCCCUCAACCUAAUCAAAAUCAUGAAAAUUAUGCACAACAACCACAUGCACAGCAAACAAGAGCUAGUUCCAUACUACCAUUAGAAUUUCGAUCUAUCGAUGAUUGUAAUUUACAAAAUCUACUACUAAUAAGUGAUAUAAAUGGGAAUUUACAUGGUGUCGAGAGAAGUACAGGUACUUUAAUCUGGACAUUACCAAUAGAUGAACCAUUGGUUCAAGUACAUUCAAACGAUACAUUCAAUUCUAAUUCACAACAAUCGAAUAUUUUAUGGUUCGUUGAACCUUAUGAAGAUGGGACAUUAUAUUAUUUCACACCAAAUUUUGGAUUAAAUAAACUACCGACUAGUAUCAAAAAUCUAGUUAUGGAAUCACCUUUUUCAUUAAGUGGUGAUGAUAAAAUUUAUACUGGAACUCGAAAAACAUCAUUAUAUAAUUUAAAUUUCCAUACUGGAGAAAUAAAAUCAUCUUUUGGAAAUCUGGAGGAAUGUCCUGUUCCCAAAAGCACACUACCUCCAAAUCAACAGCUGAAGGAUGAUGAUGAUACAAUAAUGAUUGGUAAAACAACUUACGAAUUAACGAUACACUCCAAAUCCAAUAGUAAUGUGAUGUGGAACGUCACUUAUAGUCAAUGGGUUCCAAAUAAUAUAGAUAAUGACCUAAUUAUGCAAAAUCAAGAGUCAUUAGAUAAUUUGUAUUUUACUCCAUUUCAUGAUAGAUCUUUGUUAGCUAUAAAUAAAAAUGUUGGAACUCCACUAUGGAUAAGUAAAUUACCUGCAUUAGCGGUAAAUAUAUUUGAUAUUUUCCAUAAUGAUAAAUUGAAUAAUAAUGAUUACAUAUUAUUGCCUCAUCCUUUAAAGGUAUUGAAUGAUUUACAAACUAAUGAGGUUAACAAUAAUGACUUAAUUUUUAUCAACAAAACUUCAAGUUUAAAUCAAUGGAUAGCAAUGUCAUUUAAAAAUUAUCCAACACUAAUUAAGAGUGCACCAAUUUCAAAAUAUCAAAUGAUUUUAAAUAAUUACUACUCGGGAGUACAUGAUCCUUCUUCUAUCAAUUAUAUUGAAAAUUACCAACUAUCAACCAGUUCACAAGAACAAACUGAACAAUUACUUUCUGGUAUACAUAAAUAUUACGAUUUAUCUAGUGACACAUCAUACCAACCAAUCUCAAAAUUUUCAUCACAACAAGAUAUUAAAAGAAUAGGAGACGGAAGAGAAGAACUUAAUGACCGUAAUCUGUUACUGCUGGACAAACAACAGAAUUAUAAUAACGAUAUUCCUAAUAUUAUUGAUGGUAUUAAGUUUCCUGCAAAGGUUUCAACUAUUAGCUCGGAUAUAAUUAUGAUAGAACCUGUCUCUAAAGAUAUUGCAAACAAUUAUCAACAACCUUUAAUUCAUAAUGGUAAUUCAAAUAACAGUUCUGGUACUAGCGCAAUAUUGAAAAGAAUUUUAGAAGAUAUUGGUGUUUUAUUAAUCAUUUUACUAUUGUUUAUUACUUUUGGCAAGAAGAAUAAAUACGUAAAGAAAUUAUUCGGUGAUUACAACUUAGGUAGUAAAAAUUUGAAAGAAGUGAUAAAUGAAAGUCAUAAUGAAGUAAAUGAAAAAAUUGUAAUUGAAAAACCUGAAGAUGUAAAUAAUAAGGAUUUAGAAAAGAAUGCUAUAGCAGAAAAAAUUUCAAGCGAUGAAGCUAACGAAGAACAUGAAGAAGUUAAACCCAUUAAAAAAAAAGUCAAAAUUGUUGAACCAGAACCUGAAAUUGAACCUGAAUUAGAAUCUGGAGUUGAAGGGAGUCAAGUAGAAGAUAAACAAGAACUCAACAAUUCCACUGAAACUCAAGAAGAUCCCAAAGAAGAUGAGCCAGCAACCAAAAAGAGAAGAAAAAGAGGCUCUCGUGGUGGUAAACGCGGUGGUAAACAUAUCAAUAAGAACAAAAGCACAGAUGAUGAAACGGAAGCAAUUGAAGAAAUUGUUAAAAUUAAUACAGAUGAUGAUGAAGAAAUAAUAACUACAAAAAGUCUUAUCCAAAGUCUACCACUUCCUGCCAAAUCUAAAACAAAGUUACAAAUAGAAAACAAUUUAGUUAUUUCAGAUAAAAUUUUAGGUUAUGGUUCACAUGGUACAGUUGUAUUUGAAGGAACUUUUGAAAAUAGACCAGUUGCAGUGAAAAGAAUGUUACUUGAUUUUUAUGAUGUUGCUAAUCAUGAAGUUAGACUUUUACAAGAAUCAGAUGAUCAUCCUAAUGUUAUUAGAUAUUUUUGUUCUCAAACUUCAGAAAGUGAAAGAUUUUUAUAUAUUGCUUUGGAAUUAUGUUUAUGUACAUUGGAAGAUAUUAUUGAAAAACCUCAAAAAGUUUCUGAUUUAUGUAUUCCUAUAAGAAAUGAAAUUUUGUUUCAAUUAGCUAGUGGAUUACAUUAUUUGCAUUCUUUAAAAAUUGUACAUAGAGAUAUUAAGCCUCAAAAUAUUUUGGUUGCAAAUAUUAAAAAAAAUCGUCAAACUAUUAAAAAGAACUUAACAAAUCAACAAGAUGAAGAAAUCAUUAUCAAUGAAAAUAAUGUUCGAUUAUUAAUAUCAGAUUUUGGAUUAUGUAAAAAAUUAGAUAAUGAUCAAUCAUCAUUUAGAGCUACAACUCAACAUGCAGCUUCUGGAACAUCUGGUUGGAGAGCUCCUGAAUUAUUAUUAAAUCAUGAUUUACUUGAAAUUUCUGCUGAUUCAAUUUCAUCAAUUCAUUCUAAUGGUGGUGCUGGAACUACUACAAGUAAUUCAUCAUCAACAACAUCUACAGGUAAAAGACUUACAAAAGCAAUUGAUAUAUUUUCAUUAGGUUGUGUUUAUUUCUAUAUUUUAACUAAUGGAUUGCAUCCAUUUGGAGAUAGAUAUUUAAGAGAAGGUAAUAUUAUAAAGGGAGAAUAUGAUUUAUCUCCAUUAAUUAAAUUUUGUCCAAAUGAUAAAUCAGAAAGUAUUGAUUUAAUUAAAAAAUUGAUUAAUUCAAAUCCAAUAAUGAGACCAAAUACAACUUUAAUUUUAAAACAUCCAUUAUUUUGGUCAAAUUAUAAAAGAUUAGAAUUUUUAUUAAAAGUUAGUGAUAGAUUUGAAAUUGAAAGAAGGGACCCACCACUGGAUUUAUUAUUAAAAUUAGAAGAACAUUCAUCAAAAGUAUUUCAAAAAAAUGAUUGGCAUUCACAACUAGCAGAUGAAGAAUUUUUAGAAAACUUGGGUAAGUAUAGAAAAUAUCAACCUUCAAAAUUAAUGGAUUUAUUAAGAGCCAUAAGAAAUAAAUAUCAUCAUUAUAAUGAUAUGCCUCAAAGUUUACAAUUGAAAAUGUCACCAUUACCUUCAGGAUUUUAUAAAUAUUUUAAUGAUAAAUUUCCAAAUUUAUUAAUGGAAAUUUAUUAUUGUGUUGAAGAAAAUUUAAAACAUGAAUAUAUUUUUAAUGAAUAUUUUUAA